GGUGCCGGGGCCGGUGGCGGGGCCGGUGGCGGGGCCGGUGGCGGGGCCGGUGGCGGGCUCGGUGCGGGGCUCGGUGCGGGGCGCGAUGCCAAGCUCGGUGCGGGGCGCGGUGCGGACCCUGUGCCUGGCCGCGCUGCUGGGCGCGCUGGGGACCGGCGGCACGGAGCUGACGCUGGAGCUGCCCGACAGCGUCCAGCGCUGCUUCCACCAGGAGCUGGAGAGCGGCAUCAAGUUCACCCUCGACUAUCAGGUGAUCAGCGGAGGACACUAUGAUGUGGACUGCUAUGUGGAGGACCCCAAUGGCAAGACCAUCUACCAGGAGACCAAGAAGCAGUACGACAGCUUCUCGCACCACACCGAGCUCAAGGGUGUCUACACCUUCUGCUUCAGCAACGAGUUCUCCACCUUCUCCCACAAAAUUGUCUACUUCGACUUCCAGGUGGGCGAUGAGCCGCCCAUCCUGCCCGACAUGAACAACCGCGUCACUGCCCUGACACAGAUGGAAUCUGCCUGUGUCACCAUCCAUGAGAUGCUGAACGCGGUGAUCGACUCCCAGACCCACUACCGGCUGCGGGAGGCGCAGGACCGGAGCAGGGCUGAGGAGCUCAGCGGACGCGUCUCUUACUGGUCAGUGGGGGAAACCCUCAUCCUCUUCGUGGUCAGCAUCGGGCAGGUGAUGCUGCUCAAGAGCUUCUUCACUGAGAAGAGACCCAGCAGCGGCGGAGCCGGCACCUAGAGCCGCUGUGCGUGCCCCUGAGCGGAGCAGCCACGGCUGCGGCCCCGGGCUCGCACUUUGCCUCCCAUCUGUGCCGUGGGUGGCGGGGGGUGGGAGCAGGGGGUGACGUGACACUGCCGAGCUGGGCGACAGUCACCCACCUACAGGCGUCCCCCGCUGUCACCUCCCACGUGCCAUCGCCCGACCUGCCCCGUCCCCUCGCCUGGCCACCCUGUCCCCGUUCUCUGGCUGCACUGGGAAGCGGCUGGGACCAGCACCAGCAUGGACACCGGGGGUCCCUGGGGCCUGCGGCGUGGCUACCCCAAAGCCCCGUGCGGCUGCCGAGGGGCUGGGGCAGCGCUGGCCCGCCUGGCACCCGCCCAGGGCCGGCAGCCCGAGGAGAGCUGCCCAUGAACCGGGCUCUGUGUCUGCACCCCAGCUGUCCUGUGGCGGGCAGGGUGCUCCCAGCAGCGGGGCCACGGCGGCAGCAGCGUCCAGCAAGGGAAGGCUUUUUGCUGGGUGGUCCUCUGGCUCUACCAGCUCCUCCCCUCGCAGCGUUUCUCGGGCUGGCAGCAGGUGGUGUGCUCGUACCAGUGGUGGUAUUUUCAUACUCACAGAGUCCGUGCCUGAGGCUCAGCCCCCUCACACAUUCCCCCCACCCUGCGGACACGUGCCAAGGAAGCCCCAUCCCUGCCCCAGAAGCACAGAGGACCCCCACACACCUGGGAUUGCAGCCCCUCAUUCCCUGGAGCCCCACAAAAUGGAGACCCCCACAAGAGCCUGGGGUGACGCCCCUGUGCAAGACUGGAGUGACUGGUGUGCUGGCCCUCCAGCCCUCAAGCAGGCGUGAGAUCAUUUUUCAGAGCUAAAACAACUCCACUAGACUUUUCCUUUGCCACUUUCAAAUAAAUCCCUGCAAGCAUGGCUGGCACUGCCGUU